AUGAGUUCGCUAGAUUCCCUCCGAAUUCCCCAGUCCAAGAAAGACUAUAUAGUCCAGAAGCUCAAUCCCCUGCUCGAGGACAUGGUCACCGAGUGCCUCACUGAGAUGCCCAACGACCCUACAGAGUUCAUGAUCAAGUUCCUACGUGAAAGGAAGUCCAAUGGCUCGAAGGAGACUUCCUCUUCGGAGUCUCUCCAGGCCGAGAACACUCAGCUGAAACAGGAAAUCAAGAACCUACGUGACAUGCUCAAGCACAGUGUUGGCGACGGCGUUGGGACCACCGAUGGAGACAACGACUCCGUGUUGGACUCUGACGAUGAUGACGACGACUAUGUAGAUGAGAUUCCCGCUAGCUUCGUUCAGAGUGAGGCCCAGCGUGGCAAGUCUCGGGCAUCGGUCAGUGCAGAGGCCUAUGGCGAGUGGAACGUCAAGAAGGUGUUCACUCCUCCAGUGUACCCCAAGGGGGAUGAGCAGAAGGCCAGAAUUAAGGAAGUCCUGUCCAAGUCCUUCCUCUUCGCUGCUCUUGAUAGCAAUAAUCUUGCUAUUGUCAUCGAUGCCAUGAAAGAGGAGAUACUGCCUGCUAAGGAGCGUGUUAUCAACCAAGGCGACGAUGGUGACUUCCUCUUCGUUGUCGAAAGUGGCGAGCUCGAGGUCUAUAAGAAAUUCCCAGGCGAAGAUGAGGAGAGGAUGCUCAAGGUCUGUGAGGCAGGUGACGUCUUUGGCGAGCUCGCUCUCCUCUACAACGUUCCUCGUGCUGCUUCUGUGGAGGCUAAGACUGAAUGUACUCUACUGAGGCUGGACAGGGAGACAUUCAACCACAUUGUCAAGGAUGCCGCGGCGAAUAAGCGAGAACGGUACGAGUCGUUUCUGAAGUCUGUGUCACUGUUGGCUUCGAUGGACGCCUAUGAGAGGAGUCAAAUAGCUGACGCCCUCAAGCCUGUAUCGGUGGCUGCGGGGGAUGUGAUAGUCAAAGAAGGUGAUCCUGGUGACACUUUUUACGUCAUUGAGAACGGUGACUGUGAGGCAUUGAAGGAUCGUGGUGGAGUCAUGUCUUACGUCGCUGGAGACUACUUUGGCGAGCUCGCCCUCCUCCGUGGGGAGCCUAGGGCGGCCAGUGUGAAGGCCAAGACGGACGCUAACCUUCUCGCUUUGGACAGGCGCAGCUUUAGGAGGCUGCUGGGACCCCUUCAGGACCUCCUAGUGAAAGCCUGUGAUCGUUACGCGAGGACGAAGUGGAGGAUGAGCGUCCCCACUGCUCGGUACUUUCAUGACUUCGACCAAGCCCUCGAUGAGAAGUACGAAGCGGUAUAUGGUAUCAACGCUGGCUUGGAUGUGUCUUCCACCCUCGUGCCGCCCGCCUAA